AUGCACGCCCCCCCCUCCCAGUCCUCCGCCGACCUCAGCCGUCUCCUCAACUCCUCAUGGAAUCUCAUCGAACAGGUACUCCAAUCACCCCUUAGUGUUAAACCCCUCAUAUAUAUUGCAUCUCCACAGUCUCCACCUCCCAGCCUACGGGAGAUCCUUGGGGCCUACAAGGCAAAGGGUGACGGCGACAGAGACAUGCUCUUGGCCAUGCUCAACGCCAAAAGUGCCGAAGACCAGCGACUUGCUGCCGUGGCUUCUUUGCACAGGACUCUUCUUGACUUGUCUUCUCUGCACCAUGCAACACCUUCCGCAUCAUCACAACCGCUUUUCCCCCCCUCCUCAUAUAACCGCAAUUCACGAUACACUCCCUACCCUGCUGACCUACACGUCCCACGUCAUCCCCCCAGGGAUUCCCAAUACCAUUCCCAACCGUUGGCCAAGCGGCGUCGUUCUCGCUCUCCGCCUUCUCAUAUCGACGCCCGUCCUUCCUCUCACGACUUUCCUCCCUCUCCGUACUCCUCGUCGCGAAGCGGUUCUGAGGAGUACUCUCCCCGCUCAAGGGCUUCCAUGGCUAUAGGUUCUUUACUCUCCACGGGUCCCCCCAAGGAUUCUGUAUCAGAUGACUCCCAAGGUUGUGAUCGGUCUCGUAUACCUUGUUAA